GUACAUAAUGUGGAAGGAGCUAUGGGUGUUGGCAUUGUGCAUGUGUCAAUCUGUUAGUAAAGAACUGCCCUAUAAUGACGAUGAAUAUGAUAAGCAGAUGCCUGGAAACUAUUUAAACAGAUUUCUCGUGCAAACUGACAGCUGGGAAACUGCACAAAAUGUAGCACGUGAUAAUGGAUUUGAACUUGUUGAAAAGAUACCAGAGCUAGAUAUGUAUCUCCUGGAACAUGCAGAAGUUAGUGGAAGAUCAAAAAGAAGUGCUGUUGAUUAUGUUUCAAGAUUGACUCAAGAUUCAAGGGUAAAGUUUGCAGAACAGCAAGUUACACUUAAGAGGGUAAAACGAUCACACAUUCUGCAUGACAAGCAACUGGAGUUUCCCAUCGAGGACAUCAAGGACAACAGUCAGUAUUACCGUAUUCGUGACAAAUUUGAUACAAGAGAUGGCAAUUCAUUGAUGUUUAAUGACCAAUACUUUAGUGAUCAGUGGUAUUUGGACAAUACAGGUCAAACAGGAGGUGCUGAGGGAAUGGAUAUAAAUGUUAUACCAGCAUGGAAUAGUGGUUUCACUGGUCGUGGGGUAGUUGUUACAAUAUUAGAUGAUGGGAUAGAUCACAAUCAUCCUGAUAUACGUAGAAACUAUGAUGAGAGGGCAAGUGCUGAUUUUAAUGACAAACAUGAUAAAAAUAAUGAUCCUGCACCAGAUAAAUCCAGACGUGGAAAUAGUCAUGGUACAAGAUGUGCUGGGGAAAUAGCUGCGGAGGCUAACAAUGGAAACUGUGGAGCUGGGGUAGCAUAUGAAUGCAGCAUUGGAGGUAUUCGUCUUCUUGAUGGAAUGAUCACUGAUGAAAUGGAGGCGAAGGCUCUGUUGUAUGAGUACCAGUAUGUUAGUAUAUACAGUGCUUCCUGGGGACCACAUGAUGACGGCAAAACCAUGGAGAGACCAAAGCCUGCAUGUGUUAAUGCACUGAAGACAGGUGUUACAAAAGGUCGUAAUGGCCUAGGAAAUAUCUACGUGUGGGCAACAGGAAAUGGUGGUGGGUAUGGAGAUAUGUGUGGGGCAGAUGGUUAUGUAUCCAGCAUUGAGAGUAUCUCUGUCCAGUCACUGUCUGACAAAGGUCAGAAACCAUUCUUUGGUGAGAUAUGCACAUCAACAAUGAUUUCAGUACCAACAGGAGGUGAGCCUACUCAAGAAGAAGAAUUAGAUGCUUCAAAAAAAAUUAAAGUGGUGACAACAGAUCUGGAUGGAGGUUGUGUGGAGAACUUUGAGGGGACAUCAAGUGCAGCUCCACUGGCCUCAGGUUGCUACUGUCUACUCCUUCAAGCCUGUCCUCUGUGUACAUGGCGUGAUGUACAGCAUAUUACAGCACGUGCUGCACGUAUGCCAACAGUUGAUGUAACAUGGACUUUAAACGGAGCUGGUUUCCACGUAAAUAGUAAAUUUGGCUUUGGUAUAAUGGACUGUUCUAAAAUGGUGGAGAUUUCUCAAACCUGGGUGACUGUACCAGAACAUCAUGUUUGUGAGACUGAUACUACAGUUGUUGACAGAAAAAUAUCCAGUGACAGUUGUGUGAAGAGGGAGGUAAUGUUUGAUGGUUGCCAAGAUGAUCGAUCACAUAGUAUUAACAGCCUUGAACAUGUUCAGUUGCUAUUUAAAGGGUCGUCUGGUCGUCGUGGUAAUGUUGAAAUAUCUAUAGUGUCUCCUGCAGGAACUAGAUCAGAAUUAUUGACAAGACGGCCUCCAGAUGAUAGUGAUGAAGAUAUAGAUUUUGUGUUUAUGACCGUACACAACUGGGGAGAGAAUCCGGCUGGCAAAUGGAUUGUUGAAGUAUGUGAUAACCCUGGUAACGUGUCAGAUCACCGUGGCAACACUAUAUACUGGGAAAGCUUUGUUUUACGGGCAUAUGGUUUUUUCGACAAAAAGAUGACAGCAAACAAUAGAGCACGGAAACCAGAUUUAAAGGUACAGGAGCAGUUGAGAGAAGAGGAAUUCCUUAAAUCUAGAAGAUCAAACUUAAAACGAGCGCAAGGAGAGGUAAGAGGUCAAGGUGGAGAAAACACAGACCAGGAAAAGAAGGAAGAGUUUGAAAAGUAUGUUAAAUCUGCGAAUGAACUUCUUAAGGAUCUUUCGAAGAUAUUUGAUGGAAGGUCUCUUGAACACAAAAAUCAGGAAAGUUAUUCUCUCUUUGGAAAUAGGCAGAGUAAGCUGUCCAGCAAUUAUGAUCGGUAUGGUAAAAGGGGUCAGGUUAAUGAUGCUGAUGAAGACAAUUUAGAAAUGUCGGAAUUGGAUAGAGAAAUCUUAGAGCUAUUGGUUGAGGAGGAAUAUAAAAGGAAUCAUAUGGAAGAAUACUUGGAAAACAAACAGAAGUUGAAAAGAAAGAGAGAAUUGCAAAAUCUACUCAAACAGCUCAAUGCAGAGCUGAAAAAUGAGGCGUAAAGGCAAGAAGAUGUACUUGAAUAUUUGCUUUUCUGUUAGGAGUUAGGUUCUGGGAUAAUGAAGGAAUACUCAUUUUACUUAAUCACAUUGUGUAAAAUACUUAUUUUUUGAAACAGUAAAGUUUAAGCAUUAUCAUAUUAACAGUUAUCUUGGUUCUGGGAUA